AUGUUUUCGGCCAAGACUUCUAUUGUUGUAAUACUGCUGGUGUGGUUCUGGUUAACUUCUGAAUGUGAUGCUUGGCGAAGACGCCGUCGCCGUCGAUGCCCGGUGAAAAACUGUGAUAUCACUUCUUGGUCAUACUGGAGUUAUUGCACUGCAGACCGAUGUGGACAGGAAGGCUAUCGAAGUCGAUCAAGAGUGAUAGUAUCAAAGCCAUCCUGUGGUGGAAAAGACUGCCCUGACAACCUUUCCGAAACUCGGCAGUGCUUUGGUAGUAAAGUAGUUGACUGCCAACUGAGCUACUGGUCAGAAUGGAGCCGUUGUACAGCUUCUUGUGGCAUAUCAGGAACACAGUCCAGCUCCCGUCACCGAAUAACUAUCGAACAAUGUGGCGGUACAUGCUCAUCUUUCCUCACAAGAACACGAUCUUGCCAACUGACCGGCUGUUUCAAUGGAGGAACUCUUAAAGGAGGAGUAUGUUUCUGUAAAGCAGGGUUUUCUGGAGAUUGCUGCCAGCUGCAAGGGGGAGAUUGGCGUUGCAGUGGAUUCGGGCCAGUUGACUGCCUACUUGGUUCCUGGUCGGAGUGGGGUCCUUGUACGACAAUAUGUGGUGUAGGAGGUAAGCAGACCAGCACCCGUCGCCGACUGAUUAGAGAGCAGUGUGGAGGUACAUGCCCCGGUGCAUUUAACUUAACAAUAACACGAGCCUGUCCUCAGAUCAGAUGCUUAAAUGGAGGCAGCUUAAUGAAUGGAGCAUGUAUAUGCAAAACGGGAUAUUCUGGUGAUUGCUGUGAAGACGAUGAGAACACUAAGAAAGAUACAGAUACUGACACAAGCUCAUACAAAAUCACGGUCGAGUUGUUGGUGUCGGUGUCGGGACGCUUAGCUUUCAUCGCCAUUAUCCUAUGUGUGUAUUGG